AUUUGGUGCCCUCUAAUAAAAAGAACUCCACCCCACCAAAGUCUUCAAUAAACAGUAAACCCCACGCAGGACAGACGAUACGGCAUCGUAUUGUCCCACACGCACAACGGUAGAAGCAAAAGCGAUGGGACGCCGAUGGGGCGCCGCGGCGGCGGUGGCGGUUGCGUUGGCCGGCGUGGUUAUUAUGAGCGGCAAAUUUGGAUGGAUUAGCGGGAAGAAUUCGGCUGCGAUGGAGUGGUUAAGAGAAAUGUCCGAUCGUCUAGGGUUUUGGGCAAUCCCCGCCUACGUCGGACUUCACACGAUCACUCUGGCUUUGUGUCUGCCCUAUGCGGUGUUCUUUGAGGCCGGAGCUUCUAUUAUCUUCGGAUUCUUGCCGGCUCUGCUGUGCGUCUUCUCGGCAAAAGUCCUCGGAGCCUCCCUCUCUUUCUGGAUCGGCAGGCUCGUCUUUAGAAGCUCCAGCUCUGCUGCACAAUGGGUGCAGAACAACAAGUACUUUAGCUUGCUCUCAAGGGGAGUCGAAAAAGACGGUUGGAAAUUCGUUCUACUUGCUCGCUUCUCGCCCAUUCCAUCCUACGUCAUAAACUAUGCACUGGCUGCUACCAAUGUUGGGUUUCUGGUCGACUUUCUGCUUCCUACGAUAAUUGGCUGCCUGCCCAUGAUCCUACAGAACACUUCAAUUGGCAGCCUUGCCAGUGCUGCUGUGGCUUCAGCAUCCGGUGCCCGGAAAUCACAGAUUUGGUCGUACGUCUUUCCUCUUCUCGGGAUCUCCUCAAGCAUUCUUAUCUCAUUAAGGAUCAAAAAGUAUUCCACCAGUAUUACCAAUUCUAAUGAUUCUUCUAGUGGAUUCAGCACAACGGACGGGCGUGAAUCUGCCGAAAAGGUGUCUACAAGGCACAAAGGGAGAUCGGAGUAAGCUACUAGGGUAAGCUUUUCUUUCCCCAUCUUCUCUGCGAAGAGAUUAUAUUUGCCGAGUAAAUUUUUGGCAUGCUCACUCGCAAAAUUGAAUGUUGGUGUAAAAGGGGCGAUGAGAAGUGCAUUUGCAUAUUACAUGGAAAUAUGUUGUGUCAUAUCAUCAUCCUCCUUUUUGUAUCUUGUGCUUUUGUAACAUUAUGAACCAUCUUAACAGUAAUGAAGAGGCUCUUUCCCCAUUUUA